GGUACACAUUAUCAUUUGGAUCAACUAGUCUCCAACCAAUCUACUUCCAUAGCGAAAAUUACUCAUGACAUGGAAAACUUUAGUCUGGAUAAUCAUAUGAAUGCGAGCGUACCAGUUUCAUUGUCUCCUAAUUUUUUUCCAGAAUUUCUUAAAAUUUUGAAAGAAAAUUCCGAGAUUAUGAAACAAAUAACGCUUUCGCUCGAACAAGAGAAGAAUCGUAAAAGAGAAUUUGAAAAAGACACCUCAGAAUCCAUGAUUGUUGAAGCUAAAGCUGAAGGUCACAAUGACGUCUUAUUUACAUUUGAUCCGCAGAAGUACUUUCUUGGUGAAUGUAAAUCAUCUAAAUCAUACCUAGGUGAACUCUCCAAAUCGAUUAAUGAUCGUUUACUAAAAAAUCCAUUAGUAGAAAAAACCGAAUUGGCAGUUCAAACAUAUUUUAAUGAAUUAAUGGAUAUUUUUAAUUCAAAAUAUAAGAAUGAAAUUAUUACUAAGGGUAAAGAUAAUAAUCAAUCAUACCUUAAUAAAUUUAUGCCGGAUUUUAGUAUACUUAAGGAUGAUGAUACUAUAUCCUUUCGAUUUAGUUAUUUUGUUAAAAUAGAAUAUCGAAUUAAAUUACAUACUACUAAUUAACUAGUAAAUAAUAAAGAUG